CCAAACGGAGAGAGAGAAAUUUGUUUUCAAGUUUUUAGAUAGAGAAACAUUCGCCUUUAAAGUUUAAAACCCUUCUCUCUCUGCUGGUUGUGAAAGCCUCCAUUUCAACUUUCAACCAUCGACUCUCCCUCUCUCUACGCUGUUUCCCAAUCUUCUGAAUCUCCAUCCUUUCCACCGGAAAACCCUGCUCGCUCUUUACACGUUUCCGCCGUCCUUUCCCUGAAUCUAGGGUUUUCUUUCUCUAUCUAUAUCUAUACACAGAUAUACUCAUAUCUACACACUGGAUCUCUGCAAUUUGGUUGCGAUCUAGUGAACUUGUAGUUUGAGUUGGAGUUGAGGAGUUGAUUUGGGGAGCAGCAAGGGAUGGACGCAAUCGAUGAGUUGUCUGAACUGUCUGAUUCGAUGCGGCAGGCUGCAGCCUUGCUCGCGGACGAAGAUGUGGAUGACGUUUCAUCUUCGAAACGCCCGGCCACAUUUCUCAAUGUCGUUGCUCUCGGCAACACGGGUUCGGGUAAAUCAGCUGUAUUGAAUAGUUUAAUUGGACAUCCUGCUUUGCCAACUGGUGAAGGUGGUGCUACUCGUGCCCCCAUAUGCAUAGAUCUCAAACGGGAUAGUUCUUUGAGUAGCAAGUCAAUAGUUUUGCAGAUUGACAGUAAACCUCAACAAGUAUCUGCAAGUGCCCUUAGGCACUCUUUGCAGGAUAGGCUCAGCAAAAUUUCAAGCAAAAGCCAUGAUGAGAUGUAUUUGAAGCUUCGAACAAGUACAGCUCCAUCACUUAAGUUGAUUGAUUUGCCUGGGGUAGAUAAAGGAAAUCUUGAUGAUUCAUUGAGUAAAUAUGCAGAGCACAAUGAUGCAAUAUUACUGGUUGUAAUACCCGCUGCCCAGGCACCUGAAGUUGCCUCAUCUAAAGCCAUCAGGAUUGCAAAAGAAUUUGAUAGUGAAUGUACACGAACUGUCGGUGUUAUUAGUAAGAUAGAUCAAGCAGCUUCGGAACCAAAAAUCCUAGCAGCUGUUCAAGCUCUUUUGUUGAACCAGGGACCACGAAGUACCUCUGACAUUCCUUGGGUUGGACUGAUUGGGCAAUCUGUUGCCAUAGCUUCUGCUCAGUCUGGAAGUGUUGGAUCUGAUAAUUCUUUGGAGACUGCAUGGCGCGCCGAAAGUGAAAGUCUAAAGUCUAUAUUAAAGGGAGCUCCUCAGAGCAAGCUUGGAAGAUUAGCAUUGGUAGAGACACUUGCUCACCAGAUUAGAAAUCGUAUGAAAAUCAGACUUCCAAACCUUCUUUCAGGGCUUCAAGGGAAGUCUCAAGUUGUUCAGGAUGAGUUGUUUAGGCUUGGUGAGCAAAUGGUUAGUAGUGCUGAAGGCACCAGGGCCUUAGCACUGGAGCUUUGCCGUGAAUUUGAGGACAAGUUUUUGCUGCAUAUUACUGGUGGUGAGGGUGAUGGAUGGAAAGUAGUUGCAAGUUUUGAGGGCAACUUUCCCAAUCGGAUCAAGCAGCUCCCCUUGGAUAGACAUUUUGACAUUAACAAUGUCAAGAGGAUUGUGUUGGAAGCAGAUGGCUAUCAACCUUACCUCAUUUCUCCAGAGAAAGGGUUAAGGUCAUUAAUAAAAGGUGUUCUAGAGCUUGCAAAAGAGCCUUCUCGUCUUUGCGUGGAUGAGGUGCAUCGUGUACUUAUUGAUCUUGUCUCAGCUGCUGCAAAUGCAACACCUGGUCUUGGAAGAUAUCCGCCAUUCAAGCGAGAGGUUGUGGAGAUUGCAUCUAAUGCUCUAGAGGGAUUCAAGAACGAAGCGAAGAAGAUGGUGGUUGCACUUGUUGACAUGGAGCGAGCAUUUGUUCCUCCGCAACACUUCAUUCGCCUGGUGCAAAGACGGAUGGAUAGACAGCGACGUGAAGACGAACUGAAAAAUCGUUCCUCGAAGAAAGCUGUUGAAGCAGAGCAAUCAAUACUUAAUAGGGCAACUAGCCCUCAAACUGGAGGCCAACAGAGUGGUGGGAACUUAAAAUCAAUGAAGGAAAAAUCUGGACAGCAGGAUAAAGAUGCAGAAGAAAGCUCAACCUUAAAGACAGCAGGACCUGAGGGGGAGAUUACAGCAGGAUUCUUAUUGAAGAAAAGUGCCAAAAAUAAUAAAUGGAGUCGUCGAUGGUUUGUUUUGAAUGGAAAAACUGGAAAGCUUGGUUACACAGAGAAACAAGAAGAGCGGCAUUUUCGUGGAGUCAUUACUCUAGAGGAAUGUAAUCUUGAAGAAGUUUCUGAUGAAGAAGAAGCUCCAGCAAAAAGUUCCAAGGAUAAGAAGGCAAACGGACCUGAAGCAGGCAAAACACCCAGUCUUGUAUUCAAGCUAACAAGCCGAGUUCCAUAUAAAACUGUUCUUAAAGCUCACAGUGCUGUUAUCUUAAAGGCUGAGAGUAUGGCUGAUAAGUCUGAAUGGUUAAAUAAAUUGAGAAGUGUCAUAAAUUCUAAAGGAGGUGAAGUGAAGGGAGAAUCUGCGCCUACCAUGCGACAAAGCCUUUCUGAUAGCUCUCUUGAAACAAUGACUCGAAGACCAGCAGAUCCUGAGGAAGAACUUAGAUGGAUGGCUCAGGAAGUGCGUGGCUAUGUUGAAGCUGUUAUGAACAGCCUUGCUGCCAAUGUUCCUAAAGCAGUUGUUCUUUGCCAAGUAGAGAAGGCCAAAGAAGACAUGCUUACUAAGUUGUAUAGUUCUAUCAGUGCCCAAAGUUCGACAAGGAUUGAAGAGCUGCUCCAGGAGGACCAGAAUGUAAAGCGUCGGAGGGAGCGCUUUCAGAAACAGUCCUCAGUUCUUUCAAAACUUACUAGGCAACUUAGUAUUCAUGAUAAUAGAGCAGCUGCUGCUGCCAGCUACUCAAAUGGCAGCGAGGAAGAAAGUCCGAGAUCUUCCGAACCACCUUCACCUGGUAGUGACUGGAGAUCUGCAUUUGAUGCUGCUGCCAAUGGCUCCACUUCUUUCUCCAGAUCUGGAUCGAAUGGCCCAAGCCGCCGCCAUGGUGAGCCUACACAAAAUGGUGAUAUCAACUCAGGAGCUAAUCCUGGUGGCCGCCGUACACCUAACCGAUUGCCUCCAGCGCCACCGCAGUCUGGAUCAGGUUACAGAUUUUAGAUAGUGCUAAAUUUUGAAGGGUUAUGAUUCAUGUAUUCUUGAUUCGGUGGUUGGUUUAUUACUUAUGUCAGAGCUGUUUGCAUGCUCAAGUAUAACAUUGAUGGAGCGGUAUACACCCUUUUGUAGAUAUAUAUUGCCAUUGAUGUUCUGUUUUGCCACCGUGUCCUCUGUUGCUGGAUUUUGGGGUACUGGCAAUGUUUCACUUCUAUUUUUCUUUUUGUUCCUGUCCGUUGUUUCACUGGAAUUGUUAUAUUUUCAUUGGUUGGAGACCGACAUUAUUAUACAUAGUAAUAGAAAAACGAAUUUGAUGAAA